AUGCCCCGCACCGACGAAGCCGACCACUUCAUCAACGCCGUCUACUCCGCCGUACAAGAGAUCCCUCGCGGAAGAGUAACAACCUACGGCCAUAUCGCGACGUUAUUAGGAUAUCCGAAGCGCCCCCGCCAAGUAGGAAUCAGCCUGAAACAUCUCCCCGCCGCAGAAACAGACAAUUACUUCCAUUCGGGGAAUGUGCCGUGGCAGAGGGUUAUUAAUUCUAAGGGGAUGAUUUCGCAUCGAGAGCCAGGGAGUGCGGAGCGACAGGCGGAAGCGUUACGCGGGGAAGGGGUGGAGGUGGAGGAGGAUAGUAUGGGGGAGUGGUAUGUGGAUUUUGGACGGUAUGGGUGGUUUCCGGAUGUUUUGCCGAGUGAAAUUAGUGAUGAUGAGGGUGUUGAGGAUCAUUAUAGUGGUGAGGGUGGUAGGUAG